AUGGCCGGCGACGCUUCUUCUCCAUCCACCGCCCCUCUCAAUCCUUUUCACCUUGCUCAUGCCAUCUCUAAUAUCAAAUCUCUCAUCCCCGUUACUCUAGAUCUGAAAAAUCUCAAUUAUCAAAAGUGGAGCCAUUGUUUCACAAUUACGGUCGGUCGUUUCUGCCUCUCCGACCUUCUACAUGGAAAACCCCGACCGGAUUCGAUUUCCGCCGAUGAAUGGCAGCGCGCCGAUUAUCUCCUCCAAUCUUGGAUCUACGGCACCAUCUCCGACGAUCUGUCCAGCAUGAUUCUCUCAAAAACCUCCACCGCCAGUGAUCUAUGGACCGCCAUCUCUUCUCUCUUCACCGAUAACAAAGAUUAUCGAGCCAUCCAACUUGAAGAAAAAUUCAAGUCCCUCAAGAAAGGCACUCUCUCCAUUCACGAUUAUUGCCAAAUAAUCAAAACCACGGCGGACAACUUGGCCGAUGUCGGAAACCCAAUCUCCGACAAACAACUUGUCCUACAAACCCUACACGGUCUUCCGAAAAAUUACGGGACCGUCGCCAACCUCAUCUCCUUUCAGAAUCCCCUUCCCACCUUUCUACAUACUCGAUCGCUUCUUCAGAUGGAAGAAACAAGAAUUGCUGAACCGGAGCAGACCGCUGCUGUUUUCUACGCCUCCAAUGUGAACUAUCCAUCCACCAGUUGCAACGGUUCCUGCAACAGUUCCUGCGGAGGUAGUUCUUCGCGCUAUCAGCGCGGGGGUGGCCGAUCCAACUAUCGCGGAGGUCGCAACACUAACCGUCACCCCAUGCAGCACUACGGCUACCAUAGUGCUCACGGCGCAUCUCACCUCUGGCGCGCACCUUACCGACAACCGUCAAUUCUGGGAUCCACUCCAAAUACAUCGGGCCACCCAUCCAGUCCAGCGGCUCAAGCCUACUUUAUUGGACCACCUGCACCCUACACCGGCCACUCGGCUCCUACUGAGGUUCAUCCGCACCAGCAACUAUACCACAGCUCUAACAGUGCCAUCAACAGUUGCAACAGUUCCUGCAACAGUGUCAACGUGGUGGAUCUCGCAAACCGUUUGACUACGGUGACACUUCAGCAGCCUACCGAGUCAUAG